AAAUGGUUGGAGUGAGACGUCUCACCAAAGGGCUGUCAUAUUAUUAUCUGUGCUGUGAGCUGUAAACAGUGUCGCAAGUUAGUCAGCUUCACUUUAACAAGUCUCUUUUAGAGAUUUAUUGAGAGUAACACAGCAUACAGUGAAGGAAGAAUGGAAGACGACGUGCUUACCACGCUGAAGAUACUGAUAAUAGGAGAAAGCGGCGUUGGGAAGUCCAGCCUCCUACUAAGAUUUACAGAAGACACAUUCGACCCGGAACAAUCAGCAACAAUAGGCGUUGACUUCAAAGUGAAGACCAUUUCUGUGGAUGGCAACAAGGCAAAGCUGGCAAUAUGGGACACCGCGGGACAGGAGCGCUUCCGAACCCUGACGCCCAGUUACUACCGCGGUGCCCAGGGAGUCAUCCUGGUGUACGACGUCACGAGACGGGAAACCUUUACAAAGCUCGACAACUGGCUGAGUGAGCUGGAGACAUACUGUACAAGGAAUGACCUUGUUAAAAUGCUUGUAGGGAACAAAAUUGAUAAGGAAAACCACGAGUUAGACAGGGCUGAAGGGCUGAAGUUUGCAAGAAAACAUUCCAUGCUUUUUAUAGAGGCGAGUGCAAAGACGAGGGACGGCGUUCAGUGUGCGUUUGAGGAGCUGGUGGAGAAGAUAAUCCAGACUCCUGGCUUAUGGCAGAGCGAGAACCACGGCCGAGCAGUCCAGCUCACCGACGAAGACGCGGGAGGUGGAACCUGCGGCGGCUACUGCUCCCUUGUCUAGACUACCUACACACACACUUAAAGAUUUACAUGGGACAAAUACCCUCGAAUACAAGCAUAUCCACACACACACAAGCAUACACACUUUAAAAGAACAGCUUCUCUUCCUGCUGUGUGCUGACCUGAGCUCCGUCCUCACACAUCAAGGCAUUAGAGAUCCAACUUUCUCCUCUCUUCUUAGGUGAAAGUGUUGAUUUCUCUCUCGCAGACAGACACAAACACACACACACACACACACACAGACCUUUUGCACACUUUCUAGUGACAACGCGGCGCUAAAAUGCAAAUACAGCUCAGCUUUCCUGUUAAUGGAAUUUGAGUGUUUCUCUCUUUCUGUUUUGUUUUGAGUCGCAGUUUUGUGCAGUCGCAGUGCCACGGUCAACACAUUAACCGUUCUCGCUUGAUACUCGUGUGAUUUAGUUAUAGGGAUGCAGUAAAGCGAGUCCAGAAUCGUUAGCCAAAGCUUGUCAGACAUAUGGCUAAAUCUCUGAAGUAUGAUAAUGAGAGUGGAAACUCUUGUAUUCGACCUAGGUUUCUUUUCGUAUCAAGCAUGCUUUUUGUCCUCGGCGCACCUCGCCUUAGCAAGCACAGCUGCAUCAAAGCAGGGCCGACUUUUCUCCAGUGUUAGUGUCACUUUUCUUCUGCCCUGCACUUUGUCCUGUUCCGCGUGCACAGGCUCUAAGAUUAUAAUGCUGCUUAUGGACGAGCUUAUCAAGCCGAGCCAUCUUGUAUUUUAUCUCGGUACUCUCAGUCAAAGGCUUGGAUCAAAUGACUCUGUUGUGCACAUGACUGCCUCAUUUCUUUCCAAGUGUUUGGAAUGGUGUUUUAUGACUUUUAUUGACUUGGACUUCAAACUAGUGCUGUGUUUUUUGAAAAGAGCAUAAAUCAAAGAGACUGGCACCAACGUGCUUUCCACUGGGUGCUGAAGAAGAGGGGACCUCUUAAAAUUGCACGCCUUUUUAAAAAAAAAUUUUUUUUUUUAAUGUGUGUAACAAGUUGCUUUAAUGGAGUGCGACCUACUGGCACUCAUUCACUCAGACAGAUAAUAUCAGUAAUAUCACCACCACUGCUAGUCUUUCAUAUAGAUCCCUUUGACUGGACAGAGACAAAGGAAAAGUGUUCAAUAUUAAAGAGGGCAGUGAGUCAUACGGGUGUCUCCACUGAAUUUGGAAAAAUCAAAGAAAAAGCUGUGCGCUCCACAUUGCUAAUGGAUUUCGCAGUUCUCCCAUCUCUGUGUUAGCAUCUGAGAAACACUCAUAAAUGUACUGUACCCCUGACCUCUGACCAUGUUUGCAGCAUUCAAGCGCUGGCAUAUGUUCCAGGAAAUGUACUUCUGGGGGUUUGAUCUCCUAACAGGGAUAGUGAAAGUGACAUGAAUUUGAGCAUGUCUCAUCACACUUUGAUUUUUAUUAUUUUUUUUAAUUGCAUGGGAAAUCUGUGUGCCAUUUCUUUCCCCCAGUUUGUCUGCUGGUGAAUGACGUUUAGAGGCUUACUUAUAUUUAGCUGAAAAUAAAUGCAAAUUUACCAUUUAAAUUGAAUGGUUACAAUAAAAAGGAAGUAGGCUUUUACUUAUUAAACUGGUAUAGCUGUCUCUUUUGUGUUGAAAUAUGUCAAAACAUUUAUAAAUGUUGUAUUUUAAGAAUUUGUCGGGGAACCUUUGUGUAAAGCUGAAUGUAUCCAUAUUUCACUACAAAUUGCCCUAUGUAUUAAACUAAAUAAAGUUCUUUUUUAAGUGAAUAUAAA